CAGUAGGCGUUAAUGGAAACUGCUCGUCAAAUGCAAAGCUUAUACCGUGAAAAACUUACUCAGAAACAGCGAGGAAAUAUGUGGUUUUCCGGUGUUCGUUAAAGUGGCUGAUUGGACAGUUGGAAUAUGACUCUCUCGGGGAUUGGUGGGCUGCAACGGAUACUAGGCACUGUCUGGUUCAUGCAUAUGACGUUGGCGUUAUUGUCGUCAGAUGAAUGUCCUAAUCUUUGCACCUGUUGGGGUCGAACUGUAAGCUGUGAUAGCGGCUUGAACUACCUACCCAAAUCGAUCUCAUCAACGACUGACAUGAUGUUUGUCCGAAAUAAUGAUAUUCCAGACAUUUUUAAAGGUGUGUUUAGCGGACACGGAUACAGCACUUUGCAGCGGUUGUAUCUUAACCACAACGGCAUCCGAAAUAUCCUGGCUGAAUCAUUUGUAGGUCUGACUGAGCUGAAAUACCUGUACGUGGUGAACAAUAAACUGGGUAAGUUAUUUGCCAACAGUUUUCAGGGACUGGAACAAGUACUUACCUUGGAGUUGCAACAUAGCCAAAUUGCGGAAAUCGAGCCCAAUGCCUUCAAAGGUAUGCAAGCCCUAGACACAUUGGAUCUGAAUAAUAACAAUAUCGUCGAGCUCACAAAUGGAAUAUUCACAGAUACCAUUUUACUGCAGGUUAUCAAUCUAGAUAGUAAUAAACUCAAGAAGAUUAGUCCCGGCGUUUUUAGCGACGUCGCCAAUGUCAAGAACCUGAUGUUACAAAAUAACCAACUAGAGGUUCUGCCUUGGAAUACGUUUAGUGGCCUGAUGAAAUUGGAAGAGUUGGACUUGAGUAAUAACCAGCUGACAAGCCUGGAUCAUUCCUUGUUCAGAGACCUUUUGAGCCUGAACCGACUAGAUUUAUGUUGCAACCGGAUUGAAUAUCUGGAGCUGGAUAUGUUCGUUAGUCUUGCUAAUCUUCGUUUGCUUUCCCUUCAUGACAAUGAGCUGAAGAUUCUUCAGCCUACUAUUUUUGAGAAUUCGCCAAAUUUACGAAAGUUGACUUUCCAUGACAACAAUCUGCAGACCCUCCAUCCUAUGGUGUUCCACGAAGUUGGUGUGCUGGAAGAGUUGGAUUUCCACGGUAAUCCAUGGCGAUGCGACUGCACAAUGCUGCCGUUGAAAGUCUGGUUCCAAAAAGCUGGAAAGUCGGUCCACAUUGAGCAGCACAACAUGGUCUACUGUCGUGACACUCCAUCCCACAGGCUCAAAAACAUCACUAAACUUGAGGACAUUGCAAAUACGUGGCUCUGCCAGGACCCAGCUGAAAUCCACGUAGAGGGUGAUGGAACAGUCAUUUUAGUAAAAUCAUGCCUAUUCUGCGACAUCUCUAUUCAUUAUAUCUUGGUUGUACUUGUUUUACUCGUAUUGGUCGUCAUUGGGCUACGUAUGAAAAAAUGUCGGCGGAAGAACAAAAAAAAGAAAUCCCAAAUCCCAUUUUCCCUUCGUGAGGUCAAAGGUCAUCAAGUCAUUCAUAGUCGUGUUACAUGUACAGAGAAGAACGUAAAAAACCUUUUAUUAUGA